UUUACACUUGUUGCAAUGGCGACCAUCACUGAGCUGAAGAGCGCCGUGAGGGACACGCUGGAGUCCCGGGGCGUGCUGGGCCAGCUGAAGGCUCGGAUCCGGGCGGAGGUGUUCAGCGCCCUGGACGAUCAGCGGGAGCCUCGACCUCCGCUGUCCCACGAAAACCUGCUCAUCAACGAGCUGAUCCGAGAGUACCUGGAGUUCAACAGGUACAAGUACACGGAGUCAGUGCUGACAGCAGAGUCAGGCCAGCCUGACGUGCCUUUGGACAGACAGUUCCUGGCCAGUGAGCUGAAAGUCACAGAGGAUGCCAGCUCCAAGUCUGUGCCUCUCCUCUAUGGCUUAGUGUCCCACUUCCUGAACAGUGGUGAUAAAGGAGGGAAGGUGUUCCUGCGGGGAUCCUCUCUGCCAGCCGGCCCCUCUGCCAGCAACAUCGAACCUGGAUCUAAUGCUUAAGAAUUGACAAUGCAUUGAAUACUGGCAAACCUUGGACCAAAGAGUUAAUACAUACAUGGCAGGAAAUGUAGCAGCAUCGGACAUCUUAUCCUCAGAUUUUACUGUGAGUUUCAUCUGUAUGCAUAACGGCACAGAGGAUAUGAACAAUAUGGUGGCAGAAAGCAUUUGUAUUUAUUUUUGAGGUUGCCAAAUGCCCCAGAUAAACUUUUCAUGUUGUGAUUUUUAUUUCUGGCUUUACCAAUUUGAGCAUCAGCCACAUUGGUACUGAUCGCAUUAAUAUUCCUUGCUCUCUCCAUAAUUCCGACGGAAAUUCGAUGUCUUCUCUAUAAUAUUUUUCACGUUUUUGAUACUCUAAUAUUGGCUUUUAAUUGUUCAAAAUAAAUGUUUUAUAUUUAUAUACCA